AUGCAGUAUGAGCUCUAUGGCACCACGUUGGAGGAGCUGAAGCAAAAAGCUAGAGGGUUACUUACCUCUGAAAAAGAACCUUGUGCUCAAUUGAAGCUUAUUGAUUCAAUGCAGCGACUGGGGGUGGCUUACCAUUUUGAAGAAGAGAUCCGAGAUAGUCUUAAUCAAGUUCGUGAUGUAGUGAUGGGUGAUUUAUACACAACUGCAUUGCAAUUUCGACUUAUGAGAGAACAUGGUCAUCCAAUUUGCUCAGGCGUGUUUGACAAAUUCCAAGAUGGGAAUGGGAGAUUCAUGGACAGCUUAAGCAAGGAUGUGACAGGUCUUUUGAGUUUGUAUGAAGCUUCACACCUUGGAAUGAACAGUGAAGAUGAUUUGGAAGAAGCCAAGAACUUCAGCAUUAAACAUCUAAUGUCCUUAGCUGGAAAGUGGUGGAAGGACUCUGGAUUUAAAGAAAACUUGAGCUUUGCCCGGGAUCAAUUAGUGGAAUUUUAUUUGUGUGCAGUGGGAAUAAUUUCUGAGCCCCAUUUCUCCGAAUCCUGGAAAGGCCUCACCAAGAUGAGUUGCAUAGUGCCGACGAUCGAUGACAUGUAUGAUGUAUAUGGAUCACUAGAUGAGCUUCAAUGCUUCACUGAUGCAGUAGAUCGGUAUGAUUAUGUGAACAUAACAACACACAUUGUCCAAAUUUGCUCUUUAGGUCUCGAUAAGAAUUCAACUGUGGUUUAA